AUAGAAGCCAUCUCUCUCUCAGCUGGUAUGUAAAUAUACAGACGCACACACAUAUAUAUACACUGAUGAACUUUUUGCACCCAGUGCCUUCAGCUGCCAGGUAGCUACCCUGAAGAAGGAGGCAUCAGGUUCCUGCAAUAUGUUAUUACCUGUCUGCCAAAUUACAGUGUGCAGUCCCCAAAGAUCAUAACCCUGAUACCAGUAGAACCUCAAAUCUCACAUGUUACAUUGCAGAAGAAUUUUAUAAACUGUUACGUUUACAGGUGUCUACUGAUACUCUUCAGGACAGAAUGGCACAGAAUAAGCAGAAUCUCCGUAAUGAAAUCCUGACUGAGGUGAAACAUCAGAUGGUUCUGCUCAGCCAGUCUGACGAUAAAGGCAGUGGGCAACCCAACUACAGCUGGCUGUCUCAGAAGCCACGACUAACAUCGGGUCAGAGGGAAAAACUAGAGGAACUAACAGCAAAGAUAGGAGAGGCAGAAUGCAAAACUGCAGUAAUGACUUUGAGGACAGAACUCGAAAGAGAUGCUACAGUACCAGCAUGUGAUGUGCCAAUGAUGAUGUGCCAGAUACUGCAACAGCUUGUGCAGGAUCACAACACAGCCAACUUGUUCAGGUAUAGAAAUCGCAGUACAGUUAACUGA